UUCCUUCUUCCCUCCUCUGUUUCAAAGUCCCAGACUCUGCUUCUUCCCCCGGCGCCAUGGCCGUCGACCAGCUUCUCGCCGCUCCGGCGAACCCAAAAAAGAAGCUCCACCUUCUCCAAAACGCACCAGGCCUAAACCCUAAAUCCAUCACUCCCAUUUCCCAACAUGGCCUCCUCCAUUUCCUCCAAUCCAAUGCUCUCAAAAGUCCCAAUGAACCUUUCUACGUCUUCGACUUGGCCGUCGUCGCCACCCUCUUCGACCACUGGUCUCAGUCCCUUCCCACCGUCCGCCCUUUCUAUGCCGUUAAAUGCAACCCCAACCCGGCCCUCCUCGCCGCCAUGGCCGCCCUUGGCUCCAAUUUCGACUGCGCCAGUCGGGCCGAAAUCCAAUCUGUUUUAGCCCUCGGCGUCUCCCCUGACCGAGUCGUCUUUGCCAAUCCUUGCAAACCCGAAUCCCACAUCGAAUUUGCCGCCGCCGUCGGUGUUAACCUCACAACUUUUGAUUCUGUCGACGAGAUCGAGAAGAUUCGUCGCUGCCACCCGAAAUCUGCUUUGUUGAUUCGGAUCAAACCAUCCGACGACGGCGGCGCUCGGUGCCCAUUGGGAAACAAAUACGGCGCGCUACCGGAAGAAAUUAUCCCUCUUCUUGAAGCUGCUAAAUCGGCUGAACUCCCCGUCGUUGGCGUGUCAUUUCACAUUGGAAGUGGGGCUACUGAAACAGGGGCUUAUUCAGCCGCCAUCUCCGCUGCGAGAGGUGUUUUCGAGACAGCGGUCCGACUUGGUCUGCCGCCAAUGAAUGUGCUUAACAUAGGCGGCGGAUUCACCGCCGGACCCCAAUUCGAAGAAGCAGCUGUGACAGUAAAUUCGGCCCUCAAAGAGUAUUUUCCGGCGGAACUGAAUGUCACUCUCAUGGCUGAACCAGGGCGAUUUUUUGCGGAAUCGGCGUUCACUCUGGCCGUGAGCAUCAUCGGAAAACGAGUGAGGGGAGAUCUAAGGGAGUAUUGGAUUAACGACGGGAUUUAUGGGUCAAUGAACUGUAUACUAUAUGAUCAUGCGACGGUGACUUGCAGGCCGUUGGCAAUGAAAUCGAACUGGAAAAAUCCCACGUGCGGCGGAGGGAGAAUGUACGAGUCCACCGUGUUCGGCCCCACGUGCGACGCUUUGGACACUGUUUUGACCGGACAGCAGCUGCCGGAGUUGGAGGUGGGAGAUUGGCUGGUUUUUCCGAAGAUGGGAGCUUACACGGCGGCAGCGGGAUCCAACUUCAAUGGGUUUAACACGGCGGCGAUUGAGACUUAUAUUGUGUACUCCGAACAGGGAAACGGCGCCGUAUUGCAUUGAAUCUUUAUGUCGUUAUGUCAUGGGUGUGGGUGAUAAGAAGGUUGUAGUCAAUUUCUAGAUUAUAAUGAUGUUACUUUUUCUCGUGGAAAAAACAGAAAAAAAAUGUUGAUCUAACUAUUUUAAUAGAGGUAAGUAGCAUUUUAAAUGGUAGAAAAAACUAAAUAGGUUAAGUGAACUUUUGUCCGCAACGACUUAAUCUUGCUAUACAACUUGUCCAUUUGUAACCGUUUACCAUUUAGAUAUAUUUUAAUUUGUAAUGAUUUAAUC